CGCUAUGCCAACAACAUCAGAAUAUCUCUGACAACAUGACCUGUUGUCAUGACAAUGCCGCCAUCCAGUGGUUGUUGUUUACAUUUGGUCAUUUGACUUGAUUCAGCGGUCGCAGAAGUUGACCACAUCGAGUCAAGAUGGCGCUUGGCAAUAUGUAUGGUUUUCUCAAGUACCUCAUGAUGAUCCUCAGCGCCAUCAUAUUGGUGAGCGGCAUUGCCCUGCUGGGCGUGGGCAUCAUGGUGAACGUGAACGGCUUCGUGAAGAGUCUCGGCGACUUCUCCUCCCAGCUGGGCAUGAUCUCCACCGUGCUCACGGUGGCCGGGGCCAGUCUCAUGCUGCUGGGCUUGAUCGGCUGCUACGGCGCCUGGGCAGAGAAACGCUUCUUCAUCCUCGUGUUCUUUGUGGUCGUGAGCCUGGUCUUCCUGGCGGAGAUUGCCUUGGCCCUCAUAGUCCUCAUGAACAAGAACAAGGUGGAGGAUGUGAUCCGCGACGCCAGUAAGAUAUCCCUGAGCCAACACUACAAAGGACCCGCAACCAAGGACCCCAUCUCUGUAGCCUGGAACUCACUCAUGACGAAGUUUAAGUGCUGUGGUGUGGAGAAUGCAACGGUUGAGUUUGUGAACUCCAAGUUCUCCAACGAUACGGGCCUGCUGUAUCCCAGCGUCUGCUGCGUAGACCCCAACGCGGCCAGCUGUGACGGCACUGACACGUCACCCGGAGUCCUCAACACUGCUGGCUGUGCUGAUUCUCUCAUCGCUGUCAUGAAGAGCCAGAGCAUAAUUCUGGGCAGCACUGCAGCUGUCGUCUGUGUGUUGGAGCUUAUGGCCAUGUUCAUAUCCAUUGUCCUCUAUGUGAAGCUUGGCAACAACCACUAUAGCCAGUCCAGCUCCUACUAUGGAUGAGGCCGAGACUGAGGCAACAGGAUGGACUGAAAAACAGCCAGACAGAGAGAGAGAGAGGGCUUCUAUCACCUACAGCCUCCAUUAUCUACACCAAUAAAACCAUCAGCCCAUCUUAA